CGUUGUUGUAAAAAACAACAAAAAACUACAAAACUUUCUCAAACUUUUUCCUCCAUUUUUGCCGCGAUAUCUCCGAUGACCGGAGCAAAUACACCUCUCUUAUCAAGUUCCAAGGUUUCUACCGAGCCGGCAACUGUCUCCGGUGCGGUGUUUAAUGUCGCCACGAGCAUAAUUGGCGCUGGAAUUAUGUCACUUCCAGCAACUCUAAAGGUUCUUGGUGUGAUUCCAGGGUUUGUUUUGAUUCUGGUGAUUGCUUUAUUGGCUGAAAUAUCGGUGGAGUUUUUGAUGAGGUUUACAAAUUCCGGUGAAACGACGACGUAUUCUGGUGUUAUGAGAGAAGCUUUUGGACCCUUAGGAGCUGUGGCAACUCAACUUAGCGUUGUGAUUACUAAUCUUGGGUGUUUAAUUAUGUACUUGAUUAUUAUUGCGGAUGUACUUUCUGGAAAUCAACCUGAAGGAGAAGUACAUUUGGGUAUUUUGCAACAAUGGUUUGGAAUUCAUUGGUGGAAUUCACGUGAAUUUGCUUUGCUCAUUACCUUAAUCUUCAUUUUGCUUCCAUUGGUAUUGUACCGUCGUGUAGAGUCAUUGAAAUUUAGUUCUGCAGUAUCAACUCUUCUAGCUGUGGCAUUUGUUACAACAUGUUCUGUCUUGGCAAUUGUUGCACUUGUGGAAGGAAAAACACAAUCACCAAGAUUGGUUCCUCGUUUGGACCAUCAAACAUCUUUCUUUGAUCUUUUCACUGCAGUUCCUGUCAUAGUCACUGCCUACACAUUUCAUUUUAAUGUACAUCCAAUUGGGUUUGAACUUGGAAAACCAUCAGAUAUGAAAAAAGCAGUGAGAAUAGCAUUAAUCCUAUGUGCACUCAUAUACUUUUCAAUAGGCCUAUUUGGUUACCUAUUAUUUGGUGAUGCAACUCAAUCAGACAUUCUAAUAAAUUUUGACCACAAUGCUGAUUCUUCAUUUGGUUCAUUGCUCAAUACUUUGGUCCGUUUAAGCUAUGCUUUUCAUGUUAUGCUAGCAUUUCCUCUUCUCAAUUUCUCUUUGAGAACCAAUAUUGAUGAAUUCUUCUUCCCUAAAAAACCUUUGUUAGCCACAGAUAACAAGAGAUUUGUGUUCCUCACUUUGGUGCUGUUGGUUUUUAGUUACAUUGCUGCUGUUGCAAUUCCAGAUAUUUGGUUCAUUUUUCAGUUUAUGGGAUCAACUUCUGCAGUUUGUCUUGCAUUUGUGUUUCCUGGUUCUAUUGUUCUAAGGGAUAUUCAUGGUAUAUCAACAAGAAAAGACAAGAUUAUAGCACUGGCUAUGGUUAUACUAGCUCUAGUAACAAGUGUGAUUGCUAUCUCCAACAACAUAUAUAAGCUGUUUUAGUACCAUAGGUCACAAAUUAUGUAUUCGAUUUUGCCCAGUAUCUAGAAAUUAUAUGAUUAGAUAGAUAGAGAGAGAAAGAGAAAAGGAGAGAAAAUUCUAGACGUAUGUAUGAUAGUUGAGGAGCUUGUGUCUCUACAUUGUUCUAGUUGUAGAUGAUGUCAUUGAUAUGUGUAUUAUAAAAGUCGUAUAUCAAAAACAUUAUAGCCAUUUAAAAUGUAAAAUAUAAAACAUGAAUGUAUAUUAGAUUUUAAUGGUUAUUGUCA